AUGGACGAAAAACUGCGAGAGCAGCAGCGUGAGGCGCAACGGCGAGUGAGUGCCAUUCGCUCGAUCGCCAUCGCGACAUUGGCCGUCACCACCUGCAUGGUAUCAAUGCCGAUCGUCUUCACCCGUCUGCAGGAGAUUGACAGCCAUGUCCGUGGUGAACUUGAGGAGUGCAUGGUUUCUUCACGUAACCUCCUACGACAAGUAAUAAACGUUCAUCCCAACUCUCACUUGCUCUCAGCCGCUAGUGCAGUACUGAGGGAGAAGAGGCAAGCUACCGGUUGCUGCACGUGUCACCGAGGAGCACCAGGACCUCCUGGACCCCCAGGAGUCGAUGGGGCUGAUGGCAUCGACGGUGUCAAUGGGGAGAUUGGAGAUCCGGGACGAGCUGCUGAAGAACCAAUGGACUACCGUAAGUCGAAGAUUGUCCAGUGCCCGUGCGAAUCACCAGCCGGUCCACCUGGGCCACCAGGUCCACGCGGUCCACCAUCCAUACCAGGAGAGCCAGGAGCACCUGGUCAGCCAGGACCCAACGGCCCGCCAGGUCCACCCGGUGUACCAGGAAGGCCCGGAAUACCAGGACCGCGUGGUGAACCGGGUCAAAACGGACGAGAUGGAGUCACUCGCCCUGGUGCUGGAGGUCCACCAGGUCCAGCUGGUGCGCCUGGUGACAGAGGACCAGACGGACCACCUGGAGGUCCAGGACAGGGGUCACAACCAGGAUCACCAGGUUCACCGGGAGAACCAGGACCACCAGGAAGACCUGGAGCGCCAGGAAAUCCAGGUGCAGACGGCGCUCCAGGAGAUCGUGGUGCAGACGGCAAACGUGGAGCCUGCGAUCACUGCCCACCUCCGCGAACCGCACCAGGAUAUUUCAACUAA